AUGUCAACUUCAUCUUCUUUCCUGACAUCCUUACCAACCUACUCAUCUGUUUCUCAGUCUCGUCUGCAGUCGCUCUAUUCAGACAUUUCCAGGCAAAAACACUCGAAUGCCGCGUCCUUCAACGCCUACGUAGACUGGUGGCACCGUACCCUUGAGGAAUUCAUGUUGCGCAGUUGGGAUGACAAAAUUACCCAGAGCUCACCUAUUCUAGAUAGCCAACCUAAUAAACUGGUUUUGAAAGCAAGAAGAGAUCUCAUGGAAACAUUCAGGUUACAGGGUGUUGGGAAGCCGGCGGGACUAGCUACAGUCAUCGCUGAACUGAACACCAAGAAAGCAUUGAUAUCUGUGUCCCAAUAUCUGAGUGCAUCACAAUCGAUAUAUGAGUCCACCUGGUCGCCACUCAAGGUCACAUCCUAUGUCCUCGGAAAACCUUUGUGGUGGGCACUCCAGCAGCUGGAUAUUGUCCAAUCUGAGGAUUCUAAAUCUGAUGGAGAUAUGUGGAAGAAAGUCGAGGGCGAUUAUGUGGUGUUAUGGCUCUUAGAGCGAGCUGCCAAUGUCGUAGAAGUGAUACACGCGGAAAAGAGCACAACUAUCGCCGACUGUCUUUUUACCUUCGAUAGUUUUAGGAAGUAUGUCCGAGCGGAGCUACUCUCUGGUGUAUCGUUAAGUGAGUUGGAUACCAAGGUCUUACUCAAAUUCCUGGAAAGAGAGAGAGGAGUCAUCGUGUGUGACGACGAUGUGAUCAAAUUCGUUCACUCCGGAAAAGACAAACGAGUUACCACCGUUGAUCGAGGUAUCCUUGAACUGAAAUCAGCCGUAGAACACAUAUCUGCGCAAAUUGAUGAUAUUCAAGAAAAAAUCAGCCUAGCUUCCAGCAAGAUAUCAACUGCACUUCGAGAGAAGCGCAAAAAUGUGGCAUUAAGCCAUUUACGAUCCAAGAAACAACUUGAAGAUCUUCUGGAGAAAAGGCUGGGGUCACUCGACAUGUUACGAUCGACGAUGAUCCGAGUCGAAGCAGCUGCAGGAGACAUAGAGAUCAUGAAAUCAUAUGAGUCGUCUACUGCUACUCUUCGGGAGAUUCUUGCGCACCCGUCACUUCAAAGGGAUAAUAUCAACGAAACAAUGGAUGCCAUGGCUGCUGCCAGCGCUGAUGCUCGCGAGGUGGAGGAUGUAAUAAAGCUUGGAGGAGAUAUGGCGACAGCAGACGGUGGCUUAGACGAGGCAGAAAUAGAAGAAGAAUUCAGACUAUUGUCACUGGAGGUGGAGGAACAGGCAAAGGUGGAUAAGUUGCAUGCUGCACCAAUGCCACCAGAUAGUGUGCCAGAACCGACGGAUACCCCACAGGAAGUGGUCAAUGAGCGGAAACCCGAGCGGCAACUCACAGCAUAG